AUGUUGAAACGAAUUCUUCCUUCUUCGUCCUCUUCAUCACCAAAAUUCUUGUUGAAGAGGCUAGCCGUAACUGGCACGAUUAGUUGUAAUAGCAACAACAACAACAUCAUGGUGAAUGGAGCAAUGGCUUCCGUGCUGUUCAAUAACAACAACAACAAUCAUUCUAUGAAAAACUUUCAUAUAUCAUCCUUCAUGACCGCAGCGGAAACAACACUAUCAGGAAACAAACAAACCAAAUACCACAUCAACACUCACGUGGUUACUCCAAACAAGCACAAAUUUCCACUCGUUAACCCUGAGAAAAUUAACAAAAUGGCUCUUGCCAAAGCACUCUCUGCCAAUAUUGCUACAGGUACCAAGAAAGUGAUGGAUGCCAGUAAGUCGGUCAUUCCAUCCUUUGAAAUUCAACCAGAGGCAAUGGUAAAAAGUUUAACAACAGGAGAAUUUACUGAGAUGAUUAAACUUCAUCCAUACUUGUUUAAUUGUACUCCAAGAAAGGACAUUUUAUAUUUGAUGGUCAAGUGGCAAUUAGCAAAGAGAAGACAGGGUACUCACAAAACAAAACAUCGUUUUGAAGUUGCCUUCACGAAGAAGAAAAUGUCUCCACAAAAGGGUACCGGUAAUGCCAGACAUGGAGAUCGUGCUGCUCCACAAUUUAGAGGAGGUGGUCAUGCUAUGGCAAUCCGUCCUCGUUCCUACGCUUAUCAUCUCAAUAAGAAGGUUAGAAGACUUGCUUUGCGUAUGGCCCUCACCACAAAAUAUCAACAAGGAAAGUUGAUCAUUGUUGACGAUUUUUCAGUGGACACCUACAAGACCAAAUACAUUGCUGGUCUCAUUAAGAAUACAUUUUUCCCAGAUGCCGAUUCUCAUCCAAAGGAAUUGAAAGAUAGAGGAGUUUUAUUAAUUGAUGGCGAGGAAAAAAACAAAAACUUUGAAAAGGGAUCAUUCAUUUUACACUAUGCAGAUUAUAUUUCCGUAAAUGGUUUGAAUGUCUACGACAUGCUAAGAAGAGAAAAACUUGUACUUUCCAAGAGCGCAUUAGAAGCCCUUAUGAAAAAGUAUGACAAGUAUAUUAAGGCUGAAUAUUAUUAA